AUGGACUUCCUCGGCCAAAGUCUAGUGCGAAUGCUCCUACUGCUUCGCAAGCCCCUACUCGCAAAGCUCGUGCGCCACUUCCACAUCCGUCCGGGUCUCUUGGAGUUAACGGCAUGUGAUCUCCAUGCCCGGCUCGAAAAGACGCUGCGCGAGAUGUCGGAAUUGACGGGCAAUGUAGGAUAUGAGAUUAAGGAGGGUAUAGCGGGGCUGAGUCGGAAUGAGCUGGAGCAUGCGGGAUGGCGGGUGGAAGCUACGGUCGAGGAUUCUUUGACUGCCGUGCUUUUGCCGCGGCUGCUGAAUCUGGAGAAGCUGGACAUCGAGACAGGUGCUACUCCGCCGUCGGAGUUUUGGGUGGGGCGCGUCGUGCGCCGGGCUGGGUUGAGAGAGGCGGCGUUUGGAGAUGCAGGUGUGCUUGCGAAGUUGCGGUCCUUUCUCUGGGCUCACGAACAUGGCCAAACCGGCGGUACGUUGACCGAAGUCGGGUUCGUCCUGCCCGGGCUGCAAAAUAUGUUCUUCCAUCGGAUAGGCACUGAAGCGGGCGACGGGUCCGACGAGCGGCUCGCUCGUGUGCAACCUAGGAGUUCUGCUUGCACGCACCUCGAACUGAAGGACUGUCGUUUUCAUGAUGCGGCUCUUCUACGCAUGGUGGCCAUUCCAAGAGCGCUGAAACCCUUCAUUUAUGAGCUGGGAUGCGGAUCGAUCGCGAAAUGUCGAAUCAGCUUCUUGGCUAUACGCAACGCGCUGGACAUGCACAAGGAAACAUUGGAGAACAUCUGGAUAACGUAUCCGCACAGUGGCAUUAAGUUCUACAGGGAUGCGGAUCCUUCUUCUGGUAUGAAAAGCUUGUCGCAUUUCCCGGGGUUGAAGAGACUACGCAUUGCACCGGACUUCAUCUUCGGAUACGAACUCACUGCAACACAUGCCAAAGAGGGCGAUGUUAGGGGUAGGCGUGAGGACUUCGAGGAAAGGAAGGAGAGGGGCUGGGGCAUGGACGGUGAGUUCGAGUGGGCGCCGUGCUCCAGUGCGACUAAUGCUGCGCCACCCUAUAAUGAGGUGGUGUAUGAGGAGGGGACAUGGACAGAGAAGAAGACUGGGUGGUGCUGUGAUGAGUGGACGACGCUUUUGAAUGUAUAUGGGAAGAGGAAGGAUAGGGAAGAAGGAGAGCACGAGGGCGAGGAAAUGGACGAUGUCGAGGAUGAGGAUGGGUAUGACACAGAAGAGAGAGGAGAGACCGGGUCACCGAAUACCGAGAGAAGUGUCUAGCAGAGUUGUUGACACUGGACCAGUGGGAUAUACCAAAUGAGGAACAAACCAUGCACCAGUGACAGACCUCGUAGACACAGCAUAGUGGCUUAGAAGAAUUGGGCAUAUGUGAGCAGCGCUGUGUAGUAAUUGGGCGCUUUACAAAUUGGUU